UGUUUCCCCAGUGGUUUUGACCUGUGACAUCACACCAGCAGUGCAGACACCCUCUCUGAAGCAUAUAAAAGAAAGUGGCCUUUCAGCUGUCUCUGAAAGAUUCUCAAUAACAUCCAACAGUGCAGAUCACGUUCUACGAAGACUUAGACAAAGACUCCGACACCAACAUGCUCUUGUUCCUGUUCAUGUUCGGUCUGGCUCUGGGUGCUGUGUCUCCUUCAGGCGUCCAUCAGGUGAAACUACAGCGUGGCGCCUGUCCCAUGUUCUGGUACAGCUUCAACGGGCGCUGCUACAAGUACAUCGCCACACGUAUGACCUGGGCUGAUGCAGAACUCCACUGUGUGUCAGAGGGAAGCAACCUGGUGUCUAUCUACAGUCUGGAUGAACAGAAUUUUGUCCAAUCCCUGAUCAAGAACUUCGACCCUGCUCAGGGAUUUACCUGGAUUGGACUCAGCGACACCCAGAAGGAAGGAGGAUGGAUGUGGUCUGAUGGUUGCCCUGUCAAAUUUACCUUUUGGAGAGCAAGAGAGCCAAACAACUCUGGAGGACAUGAAGAUUGUGUACACACUAACCUUGGUGUAGAACAGCAAUGGAAUGAUUAUUCAUGUUCUCAUGCAUUAACAUUUGUUUGUGCAUCUCGCAGAAGAGACGCCAACAUGGUCUCGCUCCUCUUGUUGUUUGGUCUGGCUCUGGGUGCUGUGUCUUCUCCUGAUGUGAAGCUACAGCGUGGCAACUGUCCCAUGUUCUGGUUCAGCUUCAACGGCCGCUGCUACAAGUACAUCUCCACACGUUUCACCUGGGCUGAUGCAGAGCUCCACUGUGUGUCAGAGGGAGCCAACCUGGUGUCCAUCCACAGUCAAGAUGAAGAGAAUUUUGUCAAAUCUCUGAUCAAGAACUUUGACCCUGCUCAGGGAAGGACCUGGAUCGGACUGAGUGACCUCCACAAAGAAGACAGGUGGAUGUGGUCUGAUGGGUCUGCAGUGGACUUUGUCUUUUGGAACGCAGGGGAGCCAAACAAUAGUGAACGAGCUGAACACUGUGUUUUAAACAACUAUGAAACAGAUUUGAAAUGGAAUGACGGCCGCUGUUCUGAUAUUUAUGCCUCUGUUUGUACAUUUCGUAUAACCUGUCCAUAG